UCGUCUAAACAGCAUGGGAACUUUGGUCUUAAACUGUCAAACCUGUGGUCAGCCUAACAGGCUCUCGAAGUUGUAGCAAACAAACAUACUCGUUAUACAGUCUCAUAUUGAUCAGUUGUUUUAUUUUUGGUGUUGAAACUUUAAAGGCUAUUCAGCGAUGGUACAAGAUGGUCAGAAGAACUUCCUAUUGUUGUAGUCUUAGCUCACAAAGACAAUAUGACAAAGAAUAGCAUAUACUCACUGGUAAUGUUGUUUAUGUUAUACAUUUCUGUUUUGCAAUGUCGCCAUGCAUGUCAACAUAAGUACUCCGUGUAUAUAUGACAUCCAUGCGAGUCGAAGCCAUUGCCAGCAUUUCAGUUCAGGGUUCGUUGUUUUUUAGUGCCUGCAAGCAAAAUUCAUAACGUCACACUGUGUCUGCAAAAAUGCAUCAUAUUUUACGCUUUGAGAGCUAAAUAUUGUUAAAAUGCCUUGUAUUUUAAAUUGUACCUGCACAAAUUCAAAAUUUAAUGAUGCCUGGUGCAGUCGCUUAGCGUUAGACUGCAUGUGUAAAAUAAUAAAGUAUAUGAUCAAUGGUAGUUAAUGGCUUAACAAGAGAGAUGAACAUACAAUUAGGUUAACUCAUCAACGCCCAACACGUUUCACCCAAAGAGUAAAUAAUAAAGUAGGCACAUUGCGGUUAAUAUAAGUGAAUAUUACAACCAUCUGAAAUUUGUUCCUUUAUUAUACUGCAGGAAAUUACCAAGGCAGCAUACGAGUUAUAUCGUCACGUGAUAUUUGCGUUACUGGAUGUAGAUGAGUAUCCAUGGUGGGCAAGACAGUUUGUUCCUCGGGAUUAUGACACAACACAAAUGACUCGUAAGUACCAAAUGUCAGGUCAGGUGUAUGUCCCACAUUGGGACCUCACAAAUUUGUAUGAAAUUUUAGGGAGUUGUCUGCUAAAAUAACCUCGUUCCCAGGUACUAAAAUAGGUUAUAAAUAGACUACAGCCUAGCCCUUGCUGUUCUGAACCUUUACACGUCGCGCAUAUCUUGGAUGAGAGUAUGCUUAGGUAUAACCCAGAUAGCAAUUAUCAACGGCAAAGAGAGAGAGAGAGACUGGCACUAGGGUCAGCCGUGAGGCCCUGGGACCGAGGAUGGACUCAGUAAGUAAUGUCGGCAAAUUCAGUUUAUGGUAAAGGAGCAAAGAAAUAAGCUCGAAAUAUUAUAGAUCAUGACAGCGUGUAGUGAUACCAGAGAGGCUAGAUUGGACAAGUACGAGAGGCUAAUUGGGAAGCUUUCAGUAUCCAGAAUGAUUGUGCUGAAUGUGAGAGUCAGGGUACUUUAAUGGAGAGAAAGGUAGCUCUAAACCAGGAAGAACCUGAAUGAAAUGCAACUAAAAUAUGGUAAAUAUCUCUCCUUUUAGGCUCAUCAGACUUGGAAUAUAUACCUCCUCCAUUAUAUCAUUACCCACGACUCUGUAUCGUCAGAAUGACCGAUUAUCAUGAAGCUGCAUUUUUACCCAAUGCAGAGAGUAUGGAUAGUGCUAAAAAUAUCCCUAAAUUGUUAGGAAAUAUCAACGCUAAAGAAAUCAUUAAGUUUGUAAAACGGUAUUUGCAGAAUCCUCACGAUUUGCUGGUCAAAACAGAGGAAUUUUAGCGAUGGAUUGUGGUGAUAAAAAUACGCACAACCCAUGGCAUGCUUGUUUCCCAAAUAUUGCAGGGGCUUUCCCUUUUAGGAGGUAAAUCACUAUUCAUUCCAUAGUUAAAAACCAAAAGUGUUUUGAACCAUCGUUUCACCCGCUGCCUACCCCCUCGCUGGAGCUGCAUAUUAAACUGAACUACACAGUUUCGUAGAUAAGUCUAUUUAAUCUGCAGAUAAGUUUUAUAUUUAACCACGUAUUAUUUAAUAUAUAUAUUAUCCCAAUAAUAUAUCAACCAUCAAUGAAAUCCGUUAUGGUCAUUUUGUAGUGUUUUCAAUUUUGAACCCUUAAUCAAAUGGCAAAUCAGACUUGCUACACAUUUUCCCAACAUAUACUGUAAUAUUUAAAACUGGUACUUGACAAUAAGUGAAACAAAGGAGGCGAACAUUAAACUUGCUGUAGAACCUAAACUGCUGACAACUACUCCUUUGCUUGCCAAUGCUUUACGAAAAGCAUCAUCCAAUUCUGGUGGCAGAUCCAAAUAAAGACGUCGUUUAUCAAUCUGUUUUGUUAACCAGACUAAAUCCUCGACUUUAACGUUGUCAUCAACAGCAGACCAAAUUGUGAGUGUGUAGCGGGAACUGGUAUCUAGUAGCCAUUUGAGCGGUACCCAUGAUUGUCGCACAUAUAUCGCACGUAUAGGAAAUGUGAUUAUUUGUGUUGUAUUUCGACAGAUCCUUUCCAUUUCAUCGACCAUAUCUUGAGUAUAACCUGCAUUUGAAAUACCUUCAUACCAUCCAGUAGUCCAGCCGAGAGAUAAAGUCGCAUCUGGAUACGUAUUGGUACAUGUUGUGAUGAAAUCGUUAGCAUCCACUGGGGGAUUCGAUCCUGAGUUAGAUCCAGGCCCUUUUAAGAUGUCUGCGUUUAACCACAAUGGUUUGUCUGUUGUAUCGUAAACUGACUUUAAUAACAGCAUUGCUGGACCUACGGCCAUUAUAGUCUUAAAAUCCAGUUUAAUUCCUUUUCUUGUUGGCUUGAGAGAGUUGAGAAAUGUCUGCAAAGUUAAGUCGCUGUCAUUUGCAGGUGGAUGCGCCAUAAUAGGCUCUGUAUCAUUUCUGUUGUAUCUCAUAAGUACAUCGCCUUCAAACAUUAAAAUAUCCGUCUUUAAGAAUUCGUCAAGUUCAGCUUUACUAUUUACAGCGUGAGCCCAUGUGAUAUCCUUUGCAUCCGUUUUGUUAAAGUACUCUAAAUCUGCAAAGGGAUCUUGUUUUGAGGACAUCUGGCUUCCUGGAAUAAAUAAUAAUUAUAAUGAUAUAUGACUCCUCAAAAGAAAUAAAGGAGUCUGUGACCUCCAAAUCGGUGUGAAAAUUACUCAUUAAUGAAAAUGACGUUCGCCCACCAAAACUGCAAAAGUAGGAAAAUGACUC